AUGAAAAAUAAAGGAGUCUCCCGUGGAAAUCAAGUUUUCUGUGCAUCUGGCCCUCAAGCUACACCUCCAGACCAGUUACAGACGGCAUCUGACCCUCAAGCUACACCUCCAGACCAGUUACAGACGGCAUCUGGCCCUCAAGCUACACCUCCAGACCAGUUACAGACGGCAUCUGGCCCUCAAGCUACACCUCCAGACCAGUUACAGACGGCAUCUGACCCUCAAGCUACACCUCUAGACCAGUUACAGACAGCAUCUGGGCCUCAAGCUACACCUCCAGACCAGUUACAGACGGCAUCUGACCCUCAAGCGUCACCUCCAGACCAGUUACAGACGGCAUCUGACCCUCAAGCGUCACCUCCAGACCAAUUGUUCGGACACUAG